AUUUCAUCACUGACAGACCUACAGUUUUUGAAUCACUGCAGAUCAUAAGACGCCAGUUUUACGGCAAAAAGGAUACUUUUAAAGUGGACACUCCCCUAAAACCUUGGACGCGGGUUUCUUCGACUCCGAUUGGCUGCGAUGCCCCGACCGACAACACCUGCUUAACUCCUUCAUCCAAAUUGACACCCGGGGCUCUAGAGAAAUAUAGGCAGCAUCCCUUCCAGCUCAUGCAUUCAGUCCCACACAGCUGCUCCAUGACACACCGAGUCGCAGCUGCGCCGGUCGUUGAUCCAAGGUGAACCCUCGCAGACACACACACACACCCGCGCACCCACCCCCACACACACACACACACACACACAGAGAGACACGCACUCUCUCUGUCGGAUCUUUGCCGGGAACGGAGGCACACUGCCGGAGACGCAAUGCUGGUGAAGCUGGCCGUGGCGCUGCUGGUUUUGUCAGUGCUGAAGCAAGCGGUGGGAUCGGAUAAUAUUGAUUUUCACGAGCUGCCCCCGGAGAAGCCCGCCAGCCAGAAAGGACGCCUCUCCCUGCAGAACACAGCUGAGAUCCAGCACUGCCUGGUGAGUGCUGGGGAUGUUGGCUGCGGCGUGUUUGAGUGCUUUGAGAAUAACUCCUGCGAGAUACGAGGGCUGCAGGAAAUCUGCAUGACGUUUCUGCACAACGCUGGCAAAUUCGACUCUCAGGGGAAAUCCUUCAUCAAGGAUGCUCUAAAGUGCAUGGCCCACGGUUUACGCCACAAGUUCAGCUGCAUCAGCAGAAAGUGUGUGACCAUUAAGGAGAUGGUGUUCCAGCUCCAGAGAGAGUGCUACAUCAAACACAACCUGUGCUCUGCUGCAAAAGAGAAUGUGGCAGUCAUGGUGGAGAUGAUCCACUUCCAAGAUCUUUUCCCUAAAGGCCCAUACGUGGAGCUGGUGAAUAUUCUCCUGAGCUGCGGCGAGGAAGUCAAGGAAGCACUAACUCGCAGCGUCCGGCUACAGUGCGAGCAGAACUGGGGGGCGCUGUGCGACAGCCUGAGCCUCUGCUCCUCCCUCGUCCCUUCUCCUGCCAGCGCCGUCGUCGAACACCACCACCACCACCCCUUCCCUUCUCCCCAUCUAGAGCCAGAGCACCCACGCCUUCCACGCCAAGGCGACAAGGAAAGAGCUGGUAAGGCAGCCCUCAACGCUCACCCGCGCAAUCGCAGUCAAGGGUCCCGCCGCCACAGUCCAGACGCAGCCGCGGUGCCUGAGCAGGAAGACCCCAAGGCCGACAUUCGAAGGUGAAACCUCAAGGGAUCUUUGUACCUCUUGCAACAUUUAAAAAGCCACAUUUGCAGACUUAUGCACACAUCCAAGCCAUCACAGGAAGACACACAUGCACACACAUGCCUCUACACAAGCAGAAACUCCCAGACAGACUGAGCAAAAGGAAAUAAGUCCCCGAUCUUUCCUUUUCUCUUCCGCCUCUCCAGUCAUUCCAGCAGUCCCACAUGGUAAACUUGCAGGGUAAUUGUGGUGUAGACUUUAGGCCACAGUUUUGUUUUUUUUAAUGUUUUUUUUCUUCUUUUUUUUAAUGAAUAACAGUUGUUACCAUAACUAUGUCAACUGUUAGGUCUUUUUUGGCUCUAAUAUAGCAUUUCUCAAAUCAUUACUGGCUGUAAGAUUUGAUUAUAUUUGUAUUAUUUAUUUUAUUCUUUAUGCAAUGUUGAAAUAUCAAAAUGUACAUAGAAAUAAACUUAUCUAUAUUUAUAUGACCAUGUAUAAAUAUAGCUACCAUAUGCAAUACUGAGAUACUAUUGAUGACAAAGUAUACAGUGUGCUGUCGUUCUCUUUACAGUAUUGUACCAAUCAUACAUUGAAGUGUAGAUAUGGGAUAUACACCCUUUUGCUGUUUCAGAGUCAGAAUGUUUAUAAUGCCCUCAUAGAUACUUGAUGAUUAAACAGAAAUUGUACAGGUUUUGUCCAGUUCUGGCACAUAUGAAUCUUAGUGCAUGAUGCCCAUAAAGCCGACAAACCUGUGCAUCUUUUAAAAGCAAAAGUGCGCUCUUAAGAGGUUAUAGAUAGUUCAAAAAAUAACAAUGGCUCAUCUGCAUAGAGAGACAUAAAAGCUAAGACUGAUAGAAUUUAAGCUCAUCGAGUAGGAACAAAGAAAGAUGUAUGUUUAUUUUUUUGGACCCUGCAGCCUCACAUUUAUUGAGUAAACUCUGAUAUGUGUCUUAUUUUCAUGCAAAACUCAAUCUCUCUUUGAUUACUAACAGAGCUUCAGAAACAUUUGUGUAGUCUCUUCUAAAAGAAUUCACACUCAUGAAACUUUUUCACAUUUUAGUUCUGUUACAAUCACAAACUUUGAUAUAUUUUAUUCAAAUUGUAUGCAAUAGAGCUACACAAGGUAGUGUAUAAAUGUGAAGUAGGAGGAAAAUGUAUGGUUUCUCUUCCAAACUGGAAUCUGAAAAAUGUUUCAAUCACUGUCAUUCAACCUGGUUGAAUGAUGGCUGUUACAACAUUUUGACGCGUGUUUCUACCAUUUUUACACAGCUGUAGAAUGAAUAUUCUUCAUAUUGUUCGCUAAAUAGCUUGAGCUCAAUCAGAUUGCCUGAAUAGUCUUUAGGAAUUUUCAAGCCCUGCUAUAGAUUCUUACAUUAGAUCUGGGUGGAUUGGUGAGGGUGAUUAUUUUGCAAGAAGGCGAACUUGCACCUCAGUCUUUAACUGGUUUUCUCCAGGAUUGCUCUGUUAUCUAUAUCAAACUAUGAUCAUGAUUUGCCUCUCUGACCUUGCUGAAGAAAAGCCUCCCAGUAGCUCCUUCUACAAAGCUUCAAAUGUUGAUGGUGUUUUCAGAGUAAGGUGGAGUGUUUGUGUUCUGCCACACAUUGUAUUUUGCAGUUAGGGCAAAAAGCUACACAUUGGUUCUAUCUAGUAGAAGUACCUUCUUUAACAUGUUUGUUGUGUGCUAAACAUGGCUUAGGACAAACUUCCAAAGUGACUUCCUAUGACUUUGCCUCAGCAUUGUCUUUCUGGCAUUAGCCACCAUUCAGUAUAGGCUACACUUGUGGAGUGCACAACUAAUAGUUGUCCUUAUAUUAGAUUUUUCCACCUGAGCUUUGGAUCUCAAGUUUUACUUCACAAUUAUGCACUUCCUUGUGCUACUGUACUGCAUAAAAUCCUAUUUUAAUACAAUAAAGUUUGUGGCUACUACAUGAGGUGAAAAAGUUCAAGGCGUACGAACACUCCUGCAAAACACUGUUUAACUUCAGCUUGUUAAUAGUCAAUGAAGAGUAAUUCAUUCUCGGUCAGCUAUCAGUGAAGUGCAGCCAGGGGAGGGUGUUAAGUUUGAAAUGUAAAAAUCAUAAAACAUCACCGUGCCUAAGCUGGUUAAUGUCCACAGUGACCGCUUCUCUGUGAUUUACGUGAAUGGAUAAUUGCUUUGUUGUGAAAAGAUUUAAUGUUGAGUUAUUUUUAUAUUGGUGUUGAGCCACAGAAGUCUUAGAUUUUGCACUUUGGAUGAUUGUCGGUUUGUGCUGGACAGCUUAGCCAAGAGAUCCACAUUAGCACAGCAGUCACCCUCUAAUCAAAAGCUAUAUUUCAUCUGAGCAGCCUGGUUUUCUUAUCAAGCACACCACCGAGUCCCGCAUCGCUGCACGGCUCCUUAAGACCCGAUUUAGCCCCAUUCUGUGCUUGGGCCAUACCACUCUCUCUGGCAUCUCUGAGGGCAGGAAACGGGCUUGACAGAAACCUUCCAGAUCUCUGGCUGUCUCUAAAUUAGCCCCUAUCCCUCUCCGGACUCUGGGUCAGACUUGAAGGCCUGUUAUUUUGCCCGUUAGAGCUGCAGGCAGCGCAGCAAGGACCCAGGAAGUGGGCUAAGUCCACACACAGGGACUCUGGCAUUGUUAUUGUAAAUGUUAUAUUUACCGAGGCCACCAGAGAAUUCCUCUGGGCCGUGGCCAAGAGCCAGCAACACAGGGAAGGCAGGGAGGAGUGAAAGCGCGAGGGAGACGGUUGCAGUCAACGUCUUAUUUCAAAACAAAUUGUUGAUUCACUCUGUCAUAACUUUACCUUUUGCUCUUUUUCUCUUACUCCUUAAGAUCACAAACACAGAGUCAUGCUUCAGCUCUGGAAGCACAGUACUUGAGCACAAUGCACCUGAUGGUGUGGAGGGGGUGGUGCAAAAAGCAAACACAAAUUUAGGCUCAAUCAACACAUUUUCUAUUUUCUCUUUACAUUUAUUUCCCUAUGGACAUUUAAAGACUGUAAUACGUAAGGCUUUCAGGCUGUUGAUUAUUUUAAUGUUUUUUUUGUUGUUGUUUUUUUUUAAAGUUGAUUGUGGAAAGUUGGGAUUGCUGUGAUAAUCCCAACACAGGACAUAAGCUAAUCCUCUUGAGAAUGUACUGUAUGUGUUUUAAAGUGACAAUCUGUUCAGCUCUCUGUCAUUAGGUUUAAAACAUGGCUUUUUGUAAUGAUGUAUUGUGGCUUGAAUGGCUUUUCUUGUAUGUGCUCUGAGGAAAAUGAAACUAACCAUGCCCCUGUGUUCCUGGUGCUCUGCUGCCACGUCACGUUGCUCUCCUCUGUUAAGCACAAGGUAAAAGAAAACAAGAAUAUUUUUGAGUUAAUAUCGCAUCAGCCCCUGUCACUAUCCUUGGCUCCUUCCAAUUCUGUAUUGUUUUUUCUCAUUAAAAUAUUUUGUGUCAUAAAACAA